AUGGAAUUAGCGCUCAAGCAUGUAACGAAUCGCUUAGAAAAGCUGGAUUCGAAUUGUUUUCAAGAUGAUAUAUAUAAAUUUGAACCAGAAAAUGUGAAUUCUUCACUUGAUUCUGUUGGAAAAGCCAUUCAAAAUAUUCUGGAUACGACUUACACUUUUCAACCCAAAAAGAUACCCGUACAAGAAAAUGAAUGGGUUAAUGAUACGAUUUCUAGUCUAAACUGGCUUAAGGAGAAAUGUGAAAUAGUUUGCUCUACUAUGGAUGCGGAGUUGAGCCCGUCCAGCUUAUUCGACUCAAUUAUUGAGGCUCUUCAAUCCGAAAAUGAUCAAUUAACUGUACAAGAGGAUUUAUUAAAUCUCCUAGGGUUUGAAAAUGUUGAACUGUUAUCUCAGAUUUUUGAGAAGUCUUCGUCGAUUUUGCAAGAGUAUACUAGUCAGUCGUUCUCCAUGAAUGAGAAAACGUCUUCAGAGUCAACUGCUACCCAUGGGCAAGCCCUUUUGGAUUCUAUAAGAACGAAGGGGCCGGAGUUUACACGCUCCAAAGAUAACCGCGGUCCACUAUUUACUGGACAACAAUUAUUUGAAACCGAAAAGUAUCCCCAUGUUUAUGGUGACAAAAGGCUCGGAAACACUAUUAGUGUCAUUGGUAAAAAAUUUGCUUUACCAGCUGGAAGUCAACGAGAUGAUUAUGACAAAUAUGAGGAAAUAGUUGUCCCUCCCGCAAAACAUGUACCUCCUAUGCAAAGCGAAUCCCCAAUACUUAUAAGUUCGUUAGAUACUUUAUGUAGGAAAACUUUUCUUCGUUAUGAAACUUUGAAUAGGAUCCAAUCACUUGUAUUCCCUAUUGCUUAUAAGACGAACGAAAAUAUGCUUAUUUGCGCCCCUACGGGUGCCGGUAAGACUGAUGUUGCCUUACUUACUAUUCUUCAAACUAUAUCUAAUUUUACUGAGAAACUGGGUUUGGACGAGCAAAACGAAGAACGCUUGCGGGUUUUGAAAGAUGAUUUUAAGAUAAUAUAUAUCGCACCUAUGAAAGCUUUAGCUGCAGAGGUCGUAGAAAAGAUGGAUAAACGUCUUAAAUGGCUAGGAAUAAAGACGAGGGAAUUGACUGGUGAUAUGCAACUUACCAAAAGUGAAAUUGCAGAAACUCAAAUUAUCGUUACUACUCCGGAAAAAUGGGAUGUCGUUACCCGAAAGAGUGUAGGUGAUAGUCAGUUAACAGAAAAAGUUCGGAUGGUUAUUAUCGAUGAAAUUCACAUGCUCCACGAUGACCGUGGUGCUGUAAUUGAGUCACUAGUUGCUCGGACUCAGCGAUUUGUAGAAACAAGUCAGCAGAUGAUUCGAAUCGUUGGUUUAUCUGCGACUCUUCCCAAUUACCUUGACGUAGCAGACUUUUUGGGUGUUAACAGAUAUAAAGGACUGUUUUACUUUUCUUCUGCAUUUCGUCCAUGUCCUAUCGAGCAUCAUUUCAUUGGUGCCAAGGGGUCGCCGAAAGUAGUGAGUUCAAAUGUUGAUGAAGCUUGUUUCGAUAAAGUUCUUAAACUCGUUCGCGAAGGGCGUCAAGUGAUGAUUUUUGUUCAUUCUAGAAAAGAAACAGUAAAAUCUGCUAAUAAAAUUAGAGAACAAUUUUUUCACGAGGGUGCUGCUGAUUAUCUUGACUGCUCAACUCACGAAAAGUACGGACUUCUUCAAAGGGAAGUCGGGAAAUCUAAAAACAAGGAUUUAAGAGAACUUUUCAAGUAUGGUAUCGGCAUCCAUAAUGCUGGUAUGUUACGUUCUGAUAGACAUUUAACAGAGCGUCUUUUUUCACAGGGUGUACUAAAGAUCUUAUGCUGUACAGCUACACUCGCUUGGGGUGUCAAUCUUCCAGCUUAUGCUGUGGUUAUUAAAGGUACUCAAUUGUAUAAUCCAGAGAAGGGUUCUUUUGUUGAUUUGGGCGUUUUGGAUGUUUUGCAAAUUUUUGGUCGUGCUGGUCGUCCCCAAUUUGAAAAUUCUGCUGCUGCAUUUAUUAUUACUUCUCAUGAUAAGCUUUCUCAUUAUGUUUCUGUUGUCACCCAACAGACGCCGAUUGAAUCUCGGUUUACUGAACGGCUUGUUGAUAAUUUAAAUGCCGAAAUUGCUCUAGGUACUGUUACGAAUGUAGAUGAAGCUGUAACUUGGUUAGGUUACACAUAUCUGUACAUCAGAAUGCGACGAAAUCCACUAAUAUAUGGAAUUGCUUACGAUGAACUAUUAGAUGAUCCUUUGUUGGGCAGCAAACGACGAGAAUUGAUUGAGUUGGCUGCUUCCAGAUUGGCUGAGAAUCAAAUGAUUAUUUUCAAUAAGCGGAACGGUUAUUUAUCACCUAAGGAUUUAGGAAGAAUUGCUUCCCAUUUUUAUAUUUCAUAUCAAACCGUUACCACCCUGAAUGGUUUAUUAAAAAGUAAGAUGUCGGAAGCCGAUAUCCUUUCUUUACUAAGCCAGUGUACCGAAUUUUCACAAAUAAAAUCAAGAGAAAACGAACAUAAAGAGUUAGAAUCGCUAAUGGAACGCAACGCUCCAUGCCAGUUAAGAGAUAGCAUUUCUAACACCGCGGGUAAAGUCAACGUUAUCUUGCAAAGCUAUAUUUCCAAAGCUCGUGUCGAGGAUUUUACUUUAACUUCUGACACGAAUUACGUUGCGCAAAAUGCCGGACGAAUUUCACGAUCUCUGUUUGAAAUUGCUUUAUCUCGUGCUUGGGCAUCAGCGUUUACCAUUUUAAACCUGAGCAAGUCAAUAGAAAAGAGACAAUGGGGGUUCGAACAUCCAUUAUUACAAUUCGAUCUUCCAAAUGAUAUCGCUACUAAACUUGAAAAUCAAUACAGUAACCUUUCUGUUGAAGACCUUUCCGAAAUGUCUUCCAAUGAGCUUGGAGAUUAUGUUCACAAUAAGAAAAUGGGACCGACUAUUAAGCACUGUGUCUCUCGACUACCUUUACUUGGAGUGGAAGCUGACUUGUUACCUUUGACUAAAAAUGUACUUCGCUUAACUUUGACAAUUAAUGCAAAGUUCACAUGGGAUAUGAAAUAUCAUGGCAAUUCACAGUUGUUUUGGAUAUUUGUUGAAGAUAGCGACGGGUUGGAAAUUUUGUACCAUGAGCUCCUCGUUUUAAACAAGAAGAGCUCUACUUCUCCGCAAUUAAUGUCAUUCACGAUUCCUGUAUCUGAUCCUUUACCCUCUCAAUUAUAUAUUGUUGCGAUGUCCGAUAGAUGGAUUGGUGCAGAAACCGUCACUCCAGUUUCAUUAUCGAACGUGAUUUUGCAUGAGGAUUCUAAUCCCGUAACUGAACUUCUGGAUUUACAACCAUUACCGAUCACUGCUCUCCAUGAUCCCGUAUUGGAGUACAUUUGUGGAAACCGAUUUGCAUUCUUUAAUGCAGUACAGACGCAAUUCUUUCAUACAGUAUAUCAUACCGAUACAAAUGUUUUUGUUGGUGCUCCUACUGGAUCUGGUAAAACGAUGGCAGCGGAAUUUGCUACUUGGCGUGCUAUUCAAAAGAAUCCAUCUCACAAGGUUAUUUACAUUGCUCCUAUGAAAGCUUUAGUUAAAGAAAGAAUGAGCGAUUGGGGUUCCAGAUUAGUUGAGCCAAUGGGUUUGAGCAUGAUUGAGUUAACUGGUGAUACUAACCUUGAUACGAAGACAAUCAUGGAGGCGAAUAUUAUAAUUACAACACCGGAAAAAUGGGAUGGUAUAUCCAGAAGUUGGAAAACUAGGAAAUAUGUUCAAGACGUUUCUUUAGUUAUCCUUGAUGAAAUUCAUUUGUUGGGAAGUGAUCGAGGUCCUAUUUUGGAAAUGAUUGUUUCUCGUAUGAAUUAUAUAGCUUCACAGACAAAUAAAGGUGUCAGGAUUGUUGGUCUUUCUACUGCUGUUGCGAACGCUAACGAUUUGGCGGAUUGGCUUAAUAUUAAGGAUGGCUUGUUUAACUUUAGACAUUCUGUACGUCCUGUACCUCUGGAAAUAUACAUAGAUGGCUUUCCUGGAAGGGCUUAUUGUCCACGUAUGAUGUCCAUGAAUAAACCUGCUUUUCAAGCUAUUAAAACGCAUUCUCCCACACAGCCUGUUUUGAUCUUUGUUUCCUCUCGUCGACAAACCAGACUUACCGCGAAAGACUUAAUUGCCUACUGUGGUUUAGAGGAUAAUCCACGUCGCUUUUUGCAUAUGGACGAUACAGAAUUAGAAAUGAUUCUUUCCAGAGUCGAAGAUAAGAAUUUGAAGCUGGCCUUACCGUUUGGUAUGGCUCUACAUCAUGCUGGUCUUACUGAAGCCGAUCGUAAAAUUUCUGAAGAAUUAUUUGUGAACAACAAAAUUCAAAUCCUCAUAGCUACUAGUACUUUGGCUUGGGGUGUAAAUACUCCAGCACAUUUAGUAAUUGUGAAAGGUACCGAGUAUUACGACGUUAAAAUUGAAGGCUAUAAAGACAUGGAUAUUACAGAUGUUUUACAGAUGCUUGGACGUGCAGGACGACCUCAAUUCGAUAGCUCUGGUGUUGCUCGUAUAUUCGUGCAAGACACUAAAAAAUCAUUUUAUAAACACUUUCUGCAUAGCGGUUUUCCAGUUGAGUCUUAUCUGCAUAAAGUACUCGAUAAUCAUUUAAACGCAGAGUUAGCUAGCGGCACUAUCGGCAGUAUUCAGAGCGCACUGGACUUUUUGACAUGGACUUACUUUUAUCGGAGAGUUUAUCAAAAUCCCGUUUAUUACGGCGCUGAAGGUGAUGAUCAGGACAGUGUAGAUAAGUUUUUAUCUGACUUAGUUGUCAACGGAUUUACGGAACUCGAGAAGUCUGCUUGUAUCUAUCGUGUGGAUGAAGAAACUUAUGCACCUACUUCUUUAGGAAAAAUUGUCAGUUAUUAUUACUUAUUCCACCAUACUGUGAGAAAUUAUGUACAGAAAGUUAAAGAAGAGAUUGAUUUUCAUUUUGCUCUUCAACUUCUUUGUGAAGCUACCGAGUUUGACGAUCUAGCUGUUCGACACAACGAAGAUUUAAUUAACGCGGAAAUAAAUAAGGGUCUUAAGUAUUCAGCCGAGUGCCUUCAGCUAAAUAUGGUUGAUCCGCAUGUGAAAGCAUUUAUCUUGUCGCAGGCUCACAUUGGUAGAUUGAAACUCCCUAUUGACGAUUAUAUUACAGAUACUCUUCAAGUUUUGGACCAGGUUAUUCGUAUCAUUCAAGCAUACAUUGAUGUUGCUGCCGAAUUAGGAUAUUCACAAGUUUGCUUGCAAUAUAUGACUUUAUUGCAGUGUUUUAAGCAGGCUUGUUAUCCCGAUGAACAGUAUAGAAAUGCACUACCCGGGUUGCACUGUAAUGAAGAGAAAGAUGCUAUGAAGAUAGUAUAUCAGUUUGCUGGUAAAUCGAGAGAAAAUAUUGAGAAGGGAUUGUCGAAGAAUGAGAAUGUUUUCGAUUUGUCAGCUGCGAUUGAAAAGCUUAUGGCCUAUCCUGAUUUAGAUAUCCGAGUAUCUCAAAGAGAGUCACAAAAACUGCAUGUUUCUUUGCGCCGAAAAAACAAACCUUUGAAUCCUGACUUCACCAUUUCUUCUCGAUUCCCUAAACCACAAACCGAAGGUUUCUUUGUCCUAGUCGUUGACUUGGCUACAAAAGAAUUGUUUGCUAUUCGUCGUGUAUCAUUGUCUGGAAAAGGACAACCAGAUCGACUUCAACUUUCACUUACUUGCAAGUUGGAAAUUCCUGAGCCUUGCCGUGGACGUAAAGUCAAAGUCAUGGUUGUCUGUGAUGGAUAUCCUUUGACGUAUGAACAAAAAUUUGUUCUGCAAGAAUAG